GGAAGCGCCGAGGCUGCCUGACUGGAAUGAGGGUAGCGGCGGCGUCUGCGGGAGCCGGGCCGGCCAUGGCGGUGUGGACGCGGGCUACCAAAGCGGGGCUCGUCGAGCUGCUCCUCCGGGAGCGCUGGGUCCGAGUGGUGGCCGAGCUGAGCGGGGAGAGCCUAAGUCUGACAGGCGACGCCGCGGCGGCCGAGCCGGAGCCGACUCUGGGGCCGGCGGCGGCUUUCAACGGCCUCCCGAACGGCGGCGGCGCGGGCGACUCGCUGCCCGGGAGCCCGAGCCGAGGCCUGGGGCCCCCGAGUCCGCCCGCACCGCCGCGGGGUCCCGCGGGCGAGGCGGGUGCUUCGCCGCCCGUGCGCAGGGUGCGGGUGGUGAAGCAGGAGGCGGGCGGCCUGGGCAUCAGCAUCAAGGGCGGCCGCGAGAACCGGAUGCCGAUCCUCAUCUCCAAGAUCUUCCCGGGGCUGGCGGCGGACCAGAGCCGGGCGCUGCGGCUGGGCGACGCCAUCCUGUCGGUGAACGGCACGGACCUGCGCCAGGCCACUCACGACCAGGCCGUGCAGGCGCUGAAGCGCGCGGGCAAGGAGGUGCUGCUGGAGGUCAAGUUCAUCCGAGAAGUAACACCAUAUAUCAAGAAGCCAUCUUUAGUAUCAGACCUGCCAUGGGAAGGUGCGGCUCCCCAGUCACCAAGCUUUAGUGGCAGUGAGGACUCUGGUUCUCCGAAACACCAGAACAGCACCAAGGACAGGAAAGUCAUCCCUCUCAGGAUGUGCUUUGCUGCUAGAAACCUAAGCAUGCCAGAUCUGGAAAACAGAUUGAUAGAGCUACAUUCUCCUGAUAGCAGGAACACGUUGAUCCUCCGCUGCAAGGAUACAGCCACUGCACACUCCUGGUUCGUAGCUAUCCACACCAACAUAAUGGCUCUCCUCCCACAGGUGUUGGCAGAACUCAAUGCCAUGCUUGGUGCUACCAGUACAGCGGGAGGCAGCAAGGAAGUCAAGCACGUUGCCUGGCUGGCAGAACAGGCAAAGCUGGAUGGUGGAAGACAACAAUGGAGGCCUGUCCUCAUGGCUGUGACUGAGAAGGACUUGCUGCUUUAUGACUGUAUGCCAUGGACAAGAGAUGCCUGGGCAUCACCAUGCCAUAGCUACCCUCUUGUUGCCACAAGGUUGGUACAUUCUGGAUCUGGAUGUCGGUCACCUUCCCUUGGAUCUGACCUUACAUUUGCUACCAGGACAGGUUCUCGGCAGGGCAUUGAGAUGCAUCUCUUCCGGGUGGAGACACACCGGGAUCUGUCGACCUGGACCAGGAUACUUGUUCAGGGUUGCCAUGCUGCAGCUGAGCUGAUCAAGGAAGUCUCCCUAGGCUGCACCUUAAAUGGCCAAGAAGUAAGACUCACAGUCCACUAUGAAAAUGGAUUCACUGUCUCCAGGGAAAAUGGAGGCUCCAGCAGCAUUGUAUACCGCUACCCCUUUGAACGGCUGAAAAUGUCUGCUGAUGAUGGCAUCAGAAACCUCUACCUAGAUUUUGGUGGUCCUGAGGGGGAGCUGGCCAUGGACCUGCACUCUUGUCCAAAGCCAAUUGUGUUCGUGCUGCAUACUUUCUUGUCAGCCAAAGUCACUCGCAUGGGACUGCUCGUGUGAGCAGCAGACGUCAGAGAAGAGCCUUGGCUACCGCAAGAAGUAUUUCCACCUCGCACAAAUGAAAGCUCUGUGUUCUUUCCUCCAGUACAGUGCCUUCCCAAGGACCUGCAAAUCACUGCUAAACUAUAACUGGUUUAAAGAAAAGCCUACUUUUCCCAAGCCACCUAGGCCAGAAUUUCUAGGACUCUUAAUAAGCUCCAAAAUGAAGCUGUUGAUGUAUCUUCUCCUUUCAUAAUGUGGUUUACAAGUAAUUAGGUUUAUUUCCUGGUGGCUCUUUGUUUUCCCUUUUUGAAUACCAAAUAGCCAAGAAAGGUUUUUCUUUUCUUCUUAUGUAGGAUUUGUCUCAAGUUUAGCCUCUGUGUUUUAUUCAGGAUGACUGUUUCUUCCCAGGUGCUAGUGUGUAGCAGCCGUUGCUUCUUGAUCAUUUCAGACAAGUCAUAUGGGCUGUCGGAGUCCACAUCUUUAUCUGUUCCUUCCUCUCUAUAGACAGUCCUUCAAUUGCAUCACCAAAGGGUUCUUCCCUCUGCCUUGGCUCUCACUGUACCUGGCCCCUCCCAUCACUGCCCACCUUAUCACCAGCUCUGUCCCUCGAAAGUGCUAAUCUUAGGACUCAGAACUUGCAAAAUGCGAUUUAUCUUGCCUCUCUUAUUAGUGGUGUCCAAGUCGAAAAGCAAGUUGGAAAACAUUGCUUUGAAAGAAAAAAUUUGACUUCUUGUAGAUUUCUCUGAUUUUACUUUUGGCAAGAGCCAGGGAAUGAAUGGUCUAAGGUUUAUUUUAAAAGAAAAUCCUCAUUUUAAGCUAAGCCAUUUUUUAUUGCUUACCAAAUGUGCCUUUGGUUAGGGUUGGUGGAGCUUUAUUAGUGGCUAUUUUAAUUACUAGAUAUCACUGCCAUUUCAGGGAUAUCGUCUAUCCUAGCUCUGAAAAAUUAUCCUUGAGGUGGGUUACUUUAAUGGCAUCUUGUUUAGUGUGCAGAUCUCGGAGAAAGAUAAAUCCAGCAAGAACUAGCUGAUUUAAGGAGUUUGUGGGUUUAUGGGUUAGGCCAGCCUUUCAGCACAAAUAUGUGGGGCCUUUGGGCUGUGUGCACCCAUGCAGGAGCCCCAGCCUUCCUCCCCCAUAGCCCUUCAGUGGUUAAGGUACUAUGUGUGGCCAGGGUGAUGAGGCUCAGUUACCUGAAUUUUGUUCACAUGGCUAAGGAUCAUCACUAGGACACAGUAGCAGUGAAAUUGCACUUUUUUGUGGUCUUAGAGAAUCAUAUUCAACUUAAUUUUCCUAAUUUUAGAGGAGAGAUAAAUAGUCUGAAAACAUUUAAAAUGGAUCAUGUAUACAAACUCUCAGCUCUCCAAAGAAAGUCUAGGACUAGCUCUCGUUUUCUAGAUUUAUCAAGAGUAGCACACAAGGAUAUGAGCAUUACAGUUGGUGGCAUUCCCGUGUGUGUGUGUGUGUGUGUGUGUGUGUGUGUGUGUGUG